GAAUUUACUUCUGUAUUUGCUUCAUCAAUGUCUCUCCUACUUAGUAUCUUAAGAGAGAUGCUGGAAUAUUUUGGUGUACCCAUUGACCAGAUUUUACCAAUUUGGGACACUAAAGCAUAUGGAUCCACUCGAAGUAUCGUUCGUGUUAUUGGUAGAAUACUUCCUUUAGAACCUUGCCCACGGCCCAAUUUUCAGUUGGUCCCACUUUUGAGCUCUGUGGAGCCUGGUAACUGUGGAUCUGUGGUUCCAUCCUUUGCUGAUGUUUUGUGCGUGGCAAAUGAUGAAGAAGACAAAUAUUUCAGAUUUCGAAAUUGUGUAUGGAAAAAUGAUGAUGAGAAUAUAGAGGUUUUCAAGCGUUGGGAUCCUUUGUCACUUGAUCCAAGAUGUAACAAACUAAUGCAGACUGACCUGCCUGCAAAUAAUGCUGCAAUUAAAAAAAUCGCUGCCCUUGAACAAGAGCUCACUUCUCUCCGUGCCCAGAUUGCUGCGAUUGUGGAAAUGCAGGAACUGAGAAACAGUGCGGAUCUGGGAUCCUUUGGCUCGAAUGAUGAGCCUAGUGGUUUGGGCCAAAUGCUGCCAUCAGAAAGUACCCAGCUGAGGGUGGAAGCGCAUCAGUUCUCAAGUGUUGAGCCUCCCUCGCCUCCUUCUCCCCCACCGCUUCCUCCACAGUCUUCUCUCCUGGCCCCACAUACUCUUCCUGCUGUACAGCUGGGAUCCAGUAUUUGUAACUCAGACAAUUCAACAAGUGAAACAAGAAAGCAACAGCUGGGUGCUAGUAAAACCAGUUCUAGUCAUCAGGCAAGCUCUCAGAGACAUAGAGAUGUUCCUAAUAUGUUGGAGGUUCUAAAGGAUAUGAAUCAAGUUAAGCUUCGUGCUGUUGAACGGUCACCUGGAGGUAGACCCCUUCAUAAGAGGAAAAGACAGAGUUCUCACUGGGACCCAGUGUCUUUAAUCGCUCGUGCGCUUAAGCAGAAAUUUGCAUCCCAAGAGGAUGAUUCCUUUGACAAAGAGAAUCAGUCCUGGGAGGCAGCAUCAUUUUCUAGCCCAGAAACUUCAAGGAUGAGCUAUGAUAAUAGUGCUAUAGGUAGUUUCUUGGUUAACGUAAGUGGAACAGUGGACGUUUCUGUUCUUGUGGCAGAGAGUUGGCUGCCUGACACCACCUCCAUCUGCUCCCUGCCUUCCAUCUGGUGUGAGGUGGUGAUGUUGCAGCCGUCUUGUGACCAUGAGGAAAAAGGGUUUGACUCACACAGCACGGUCAUCACAGACCUCGUCAAGGCUGUGAAGCACUGCUGCUCACAGAAUCAUCCACAAGUCAGGGGCCAGAAGUUUGAGAGAUGUUUUCGGGGGACAAAAUUCAACCCAAACAUUGAGUUUGCUGGCUUUCUUCUGGGACCCCUGUCCCUCACGCUGCUCUUCCUGACUGGGUCUCCUCACAUGGAGCAGCGAGUCCGCGUGACGCUCACCUGA